GAGUCUUGCCACCAAGUGGCUCCGCUGCCCCGAUGGAUGCCCUGAAUCUGUCCUGGUACGAUGAGGACCUGGAGAGGCAGAACUGGAGCCGGCCCUUCAAUGAGUCGGAAGGAAAGGCGGACCGGCCCCACUAUAACUACUACGCGAUGCUGCUCACCCUGCUCAUCUUCGUCAUCGUCUUUGGCAAUGUGCUGGUGUGCAUGGCUGUGUCCCGAGAGAAGGCCCUGCAGACCACCACCAACUACCUGAUUGUCAGCCUCGCUGUGGCUGACCUCUUGGUGGCCACGUUAGUCAUGCCAUGGGUCGUCUACCUGGAGGUGGUGGGUGAGUGGAAAUUCAGCAGGAUUCACUGUGACAUCUUCGUCACCCUGGAUGUCAUGAUGUGCACAGCAAGUAUCCUGAACCUGUGUGCCAUCAGCAUCGACAGGUACACAGCUGUGGCCAUGCCCAUGCUCUACAACACACGCUACAGCUCCAAGCGCCGAGUCACCGUCAUGAUCGCCAUCGUCUGGGUCCUGUCCUUCACCAUCUCCUGCCCACUGCUCUUCGGACUCAACAACACAGAUCAGAAUGAGUGCAUCAUCGCCAACCCUGCCUUUGUGGUCUACUCCUCCAUCGUCUCCUUCUACGUGCCCUUCAUCGUCACCCUGCUGGUCUACAUCAAGAUCUACAUUGUCCUCCGAAAGCGCAGAAAGCGGGUCAACACCAAACGCAGUAGCCGAGCUUUCAGAGCCAACCUGAAGACUCCUCUCAAGGGUAACUGCACUCACCCCGAGGACAUGAAACUCUGCACCGUUAUCAUGAAGUCUAAUGGGAGUUUCCCAGUGAACAGGCGGAGAGUGGAGGCUGCCCGCCGAGCCCAAGAGCUGGAGAUGGAAAUGCUGUCCAGUACCAGCCCACCCGAGAGGACCCGGUACAGCCCCAUCCCACCCAGCCACCACCAGCUGACCCUCCCCGACCCCUCCCACCACGGCCUCCACGGCAAUCCCGACAGCCCUGCCAAACCAGAGAAGAACGGGCAUGCCAAAGACCACCCCAAGAUUGCCAAGAUCUUUGAGAUCCAGUCCAUGCCCAAUGGUAAAACCCGGACCUCGCUCAAAACCAUGAGCCGCAGGAAGCUCUCCCAGCAGAAGGAGAAGAAAGCCACGCAGAUGCUCGCCAUUGUCCUUGGUGUGUUCAUCAUCUGCUGGCUGCCCUUCUUCAUCACGCACAUCCUGAACAUACACUGUGAGUGUGACAUCCCACCGGUCCUCUACAGCGCCUUCACGUGGCUGGGCUACGUCAACAGUGCGGUGAAUCCCAUCAUUUACACCACCUUCAACAUCGAGUUCCGCAAGGCCUUCAUGAAGAUCCUACACUGCUGACUCUGCCGCCCGCCUGCACAGCAGCUGCUUCUCCUUGCCUCCCUGCCCGGGCCUGCCAAGCCUCACCCCUGCAAGCCAUGGGCACAAGUGCCCUGGGUGGACUGGGCCUUGUGCUUGUCCUGCAGGCCCUGCAGUGUUAGCUUGGCUCCUCUCUGCCCCUCUCUACCC